GUCUGCGGUUAUGGCCACAUUGUGGUGCCACCUCUUCGUGUGGAUUGGGCUUUGGCAUAUUAUCCAGGUCCGUGGCAUUGCCAAGUUCACCAAUGUCCAGUGUUUUGCUGUUGAUGAAAUGUUCGCAAACUUUUCUCGGUGUCGUCUCUAUGCCGUAAAAAGGGAUGUGGUUGAGAUGAGCCUGAUCGCCAAGGUUUUACAUUGGCCCAAGCGUCGGGUUUCGAUGCGGAUACAGUUGCUGAAGCGGGCCAGUGGCUAUAAGCCAUUCCUCUACAAUAUCUGCCAGUCGGACGUGUGCGAGUAUCUGGAGAAGCGGAAUCACCCCUUCGUGAACAUAAUUUUCAACAGUUUAACCAAUCGAACCAAUGUGAACCGGUGCCCCCUUCCUCAGGAAAUUAUUUUGGAACACUUUCGAUUCCCGGUAAAGGCCUUGGAACUGCUGCCCCUGCCAUCCGGGGACUAUGCCCUCUUCAUUACGUUCAGUUUUGACAGCCAGGAAAGGGCUCUGGUCAAGGUUUACUUUACACUGACGGAGUAUCGUUAAGGUGGGACAAAAAUAUGAGUUGGUUGCACUACGAAUCAACGGCAGUGCAUUAAGCAUAUUUAUAAAUUAGCCAUCAAUUUGUUUACAUGCAGGAA